AGCACACUCGCGUACACGCGCUGAAUCGGAGGGGUUCCCACGGGCUUUCUCGCGAGGGACGCUCGUUCUGGAACCUACUUAUUUUUAAAAUACAUUUAUUGCACCGUUUUAGGUUUUUGCGGAGAAGAGCAUUUCGGAUCUAUGAAAAACCCCGGCGGAACUGUACAACAUUUUGGACUCUGAAGCGGAGGAAUGAACCGUUUCUUUGAAAUAGUCUUAUUUGUGACCGGAGGACUCGCUGUGGCAGAAGGUCUCAGAUGCCCGGAACCCUGUCAGAACAGUGGAACAUGUGAACUCUCACCCACUGGGCAGGCAGUUUGCAGGUGCCCUGUGGACUUUGCGGGUGGCCAGUGUCAGCUCCCGAGCCCCUGCAUUCCGUCGCCGUGCCGUAACGGCGGGGUGUGUCGCCUGCGCACGCAGGGCAACGAUGUGGACUUCACGUGUGAGUGUGUGCUGGGCUACAGUGGACCACUGUGCCUGACGCCUGUCAACCACGCCUGCAUGAGCUCACCCUGCCGCAACGGGGGUUCCUGCUCUCUCAUCACACUCAGAGCCUUCAGCUGCACCUGCCCACCGGGCUGGUCAGGCAAGACAUGUCAGCAAGCCGACCCAUGUGCGUCCAACCCGUGCGCCAACGGGGGACGCUGUGCCCCGUUUGAGUCGCACUUCCUGUGCGUGUGCCCGCCCGCCUUCCACGGCGUCACGUGCCGGCAGGACGUGAACGAGUGCGCGCAGACGCCGCCGCCCUGCCUCGGCGGCGGCACGUGCGUGAACGAAGUGGGCUCGUUCCGCUGCCGCUGCGCGCCGGAGUUCGCCGGCGAGCUCUGCGAACGCCCCUUCCAUCCAUGCCAACCGUCUCCGUGCAGCAACGGCGGCACCUGCCUGCAGACCGGUGACACCGCCUACGCCUGCACCUGCCUUCCAGGUUUUACAGGGCAGGACUGUGAGCAUAAUGUUGAUGACUGUGUCCAGCAUGCGUGUGAGAAUGGGGGCAAGUGUAUAGAUGGAGUCAACACCUACAACUGCCACUGUGACAAACACUGGACAGGCCAGUACUGCACGGAGGACGUGGACGAGUGUGAGUUGUCGCCCAGCGCCUGCCAGAACGGGGGCACGUGCCAUAACACGGUGGGCGGCUUCCACUGCGUGUGCGUCAACGGCUGGACGGGUGACGAUUGCGGCGAGAACAUCGACGACUGUGCCAGUGCCGCCUGUUACCACGGCGCUACCUGUCACGACCGCGUCGCCUCCUUCUACUGCGAGUGUCCGCAUGGCCGCACGGGCCUGCUGUGUCACCUGGACGACGCCUGCAUCAGUAACCCGUGUCAGAAAGGCUCUAACUGCGACACGAACCCCGUGAACGGCAAGGCCAUCUGCACCUGCCCGCCGGGCUACACCGGCUCCGCCUGCAACCAGGACAUCGACGAGUGUUCGCUCGGGGCCAAUCCGUGUGAGCACGGCGGCCGGUGUCUGAACACCAAAGGCUCGUUCCAGUGCAAGUGUCUCCAAGGUUAUGAGGGGCCACGCUGCGAAAUGGAUGUUAAUGAGUGCAAGUCCAACCCCUGCCAGAAUGAUGCCACCUGCCUUGACCAGAUUGGUGGAUUCCACUGCAUCUGUAUGCCAGGCUAUGAGGGUGUGUUUUGCCACGUAAACACAGACGACUGCGCCUCUCAGCCUUGCCUGAACAACGGCCAGUGUGUCGACAAAAUCAACUCCUUUCACUGCGAGUGUCCUAAAGGAUUCUCAGGGAGCCUGUGUCAGAUGGACAUGAACGAGUGUGCCAGCACGCCCUGCCAGAACGGAGCCAAGUGCACUGAUGGCCCCAACAAGUUCACCUGCGAGUGCAGGGAGGGCUUUGCGGGCGUUCUGUGUGAGAUAGACAUUAAUGAGUGCGUCUCGAACCCAUGUCACUAUGGAGUGUGUAAGGACGGCCAGGCCUCAUUCACGUGUGUGUGUCACCCUGGUUACACGGGCCGUCUGUGUGAGAUCAACAUUAAUGAGUGUGUGAGUCAGCCGUGUCGUAAUGGAGGUACAUGCCUUGAUCGGGAAAACUCCUACACCUGCAUCUGCCCUAAAGGAACCACAGGGCGUAACUGUGAGAUCAACGUGGAUGACUGCAAGAGUAAACCAUGCCAUUUCGGCAAGUGUAUUGACAAGAUCAACAGCUUCCAGUGUCUGUGUGAUCCUGGAUACACAGGGCCAACGUGUAACGUCAACACAGACGACUGCGUGUCGAACCCUUGCCACAACGGCGGCACCUGCGUGGACGGCAUCAACUCUUUCACCUGCUUCUGUCCCGACGGUUUCCACGACACCACCUGCCUCUCGCAGCGUGACGAGUGUGCUAGCAACCCUUGCAUCCAUGGCAACUGUCAAGACCAAGCCAACAGUUACACGUGUGUGUGUGAGCCGGGCUGGACAGGCCGUAACUGCGACCUGAACGUGAACGAGUGUGUGUCCAACCCCUGCUCAAAUGGCGGCACCUGUAAGGACAUGACCAACGGCUACGUAUGUAGCUGCAGGGCAGGCUUCAGCGGCCCUAACUGCCAGACUAACAUCAAUGAAUGUGCGUCCAACCCCUGCCUGAACCAGGGCAGCUGUAUUGAUGAUGUGGCUGGCUACAAGUGCAACUGCUUACUGCCUUACACUGGUGAGCUGUGCGGGAGUGUGUUGGCCCCAUGCUCUGCGCGCCCAUGUAAAAACGGAGGCGUGUGUCGCGAGUCGGACGACUUCCAGAGCUUCUCCUGUGCCUGCCCAGCUGGCUGGCAAGGUCAGACGUGUGAGGUGGACGUCAACGAGUGCGUGAAGUCUCCCUGUCGCAACGAUGGCGUGUGCGUCAACUUGAUGGGAGGCUUCGAGUGCCACUGCAGCCCGGGGUACACCGGAGACCUGUGUGAGACUGACGUUGAUGACUGCACUCCUAACCCCUGCAGUAACGGUGGCGUGUGUGUGGACCGCGUGAACGGCUUCACGUGCGCGUGCGUGGCCGGCUUCCGGGGCGAGCGGUGCGCAGAGGACAUCGACGAGUGCGUGAGCGCCCCCUGCCGCAACGGCGGUAACUGCACGGACUGCGUGAACAGCUACACCUGCAGCUGCCCUGCUGGCUUCAGCGGAAUCAACUGCGAGAUCAACACGCCGGACUGCACCGAGAGCUCCUGCUUCAACGGUGGCACAUGCGUGGAUGGCAUCAACUCGUUCUCGUGUGUGUGUUUGCCGGGCUUCACGGGCAGCUACUGCCAGCACGACGUCAACGAGUGUCACUCGCAUCCCUGCCUCAACGGCGCCACCUGUCAGGACGGCUUCGGCACCUACAAGUGCGCCUGUGCCCACGGCUACACCGGCACCAACUGCCAGAGCCUGGUGAGCUGGUGUGACUCCUCCCCCUGUAAGAACGGCGGCUCCUGUUGGCAGCGAGGCUCCUCCUUCACGUGCCAGUGCGCCAGCGGCUGGACGGGCAUCUAUUGCGACGUGCCCAGCGUCAGCUGCGAGGUCGCCGCCCAGCAACAGGGCAUGUCGUUGGCUGCACUGUGUCGGAACGGCGGGCAGUGUGUGGACGUGGGCAGUUCGCACCUGUGCCGCUGCCAGGCAGGUUACACUGGCAGUUACUGCCAGGAGCAGGUAGAUGAGUGUGUGCCCAACCCGUGCCACAACGGUGCCACCUGCACCGACUACCUGGGAGGGUACACGUGUGAGUGUGUAGCGGGGUAUCACGGCGUGAACUGUAGUAAGGAGAUCAAUGAGUGUGUAUCUCAGCCAUGUCAGAAUGGAGGCACCUGCAUCGACCUCGUCAACACCUACAAGUGUUCCUGUCCUCGCGGCACACAGGGCGUGCACUGCGAGAUCGACGUGGAUGACUGCUCUCCGGAGCGGGAGCCCGAGGGCGGCGAGCCGCGCUGCUUCAACGGCGGCCGCUGCGUGGACCGCGUGGGCGGCUACGGCUGCGUGUGCCCACCAGGCUACGUGGGUGAGAGGUGCGAGGGCGACGUGAAUGAGUGCCUGUCUGACCCCUGCGACCCCAACGGCUCGUACAACUGCGUGCAACUGGUUAACAGCUACCGCUGCGAGUGCCGCACGGGAUAUACCGGUCCACGCUGUGACACCGUGUUUGACGGCUGUAAGGAUAAACCCUGCAGAAACGGAGGAACCUGCGCCGUAGCUAGCAACACCAAACACGGAUACAUCUGCAAAUGCCCACCUGGCUACUCCGGCUCCUCCUGUGAGUACGACUCCCCCUCCUGCGGUUCCCUGCACUGCCACCACAGUGCCACCUGCGUGCCAGGCCACCUUAGCCCCCGCUGCCUGUGCCCCGCUGGCUAUGGCGGGCACGAGUGCCAGACCCGCCUCGACUCACCCUGCCUCUCCGCCCCCUGCUAUAAUGGCGGCACCUGCCGGCCGGCCGCCGAGGCGCCGUUCUUCGCCUGCCUGUGCCCUCCCAACUUCAACGGCCUGCUCUGCCACAUCCUGGACUUCACCUUCGUCGGGGGUCGGGGCCGGGACAUAGCCCCGCCCCCGGAGGUGGAGACGCGCUGCGAGGUGGCCCAGUGCGAGGGGCGUGCGGGCAACGCCAUCUGCGACUCGCAGUGCAACAACCACGCCUGUGGCUGGGAUGGCGGCGAUUGCUCGCUCAACUUCGACGACCCCUGGCAGAAUUGCAGCGCCGCCCUGCAGUGCUGGAGGUACUUCAACGACGGCAAGUGUGACGAGCAGUGCGCCAACGCAGGCUGCCUCUACGACGGCUUCGAUUGCCAGAGGCUGGAGGGGCAGUGCAAUCCUCUGUAUGACCAGUACUGUAAGGACCACUACUCGGACGGCCACUGCGACCAGGGCUGCAACACGGUGGAGUGUGAGUGGGACGGGCUGGACUGUGCGGGGUCCGUCCCCCAGCGCCUGGCCGCCGGGACCCUGGUACUGGUGGUGCACGUGCCCCCAGCCGAGCUGCUGAACCGCUCCUCGGCGUUCCUGCGCCAGCUCAGCGGCUUGCUGCGCACCAGCGUGUCCUUCCGCCGCGAUGCCGACGGACGCCCGCUCGUCUUCCCCUACUACGGCAGCGAGCGCGAGCUCGGCAAGCACCGGCCCCCCGGCUCCGCCCCCGACUGGCCCGGCCCCUCCCAGCUGCUGCAGCGCGCCCGGAGGAACCUGGCGGCGGCGUGGGCCAGGACCCGCCCCCGCCGAGAACUGGACCGCAUGGAAGUGAAGGGCUCUAUCGUCUACCUGGAGAUCGAUAACCGGCAGUGUUUCCAGCAGUCAGAUGAGUGUUUCCAGAGCGCGACGGAUGUGGCGGCAUUCCUCGGAGCGCUGGCCUCCAGUGGGAAUCUCAACGUGCCUUACGUCAUAGAGGCAGUUACCAGUGAAAACGAUGCCCCUGGCCGAGGGGAGAUGUACCCCAUGUUCUUGGCCCUCCUCGUCUUGGCAGUGGUGGUGCUGGUUUCCGUGGGGGUGGUGUUGUCACGGAAACGGAAGCGGGAGCAUGGGCAGCUAUGGUUCCCUGAGGGGUUUAAGGUGGCAGAGACCAAAAAGAAACGCCGAGAGCCGGUGGGAGAGGACUCAGUCGGACUCAAGCCUCUGAAGAACUCUGACAGCACUCUGAUGGACGAGCAGCUGAGUGAGUGGGCAGAGGAGGAACAUGGCAAACGCUUCAGGUUCGAGGAGCAGUCCAUGCUGGACAUCGGCGGUCAGCUGGACCCUCGCCAGUGGACACAGCAGCACCUAGAUGCCGCUGACCUGCGUUUGAACUCCAUGGCCCCGACCCCCCCGCAGGGCGACGUCGACCCCGACUGCAUGGACGUGAAUGUCCGCGGCCCCGAUGGUCUCACUCCGCUGAUGAUCGCGUCCUGUAGCGGCGGCGGGCUGGAGACCGCCAACGGCGAGGAUGAAGACGACGACCCUUCGGCCGCCGUCAUCACUGACUUCAUCUGCCACGGCGCCAGCCUGCACAACCAGACGGACCGCACGGGCGAGACGGCGCUGCACCUGGCCGCCCGCUACGCCCGCUCCGACGCCACCAAACGCUUGCUGGAGUCCAGCGCCGACGCCAACGUCCAGGACAACAUGGGACGCACGCCGCUACACGCCGCCGUGGCGGCGGACGCGCAGGGGGUGUUUCAGAUCCUGAUCCGUAACCGGGCGACAGACCUUGAUGCGCGCAUGCUCGAUGGGACCACGCCCCUCAUCCUGGCCACGCGCUUGGCCGUGGAGGGCAUGGCAGAGGAGCUGAUUAACUGCCACGCCGACCCAAACGCCGUCGACGACUCUGGUAAGUCUGCUCUACACUGGGCUGCUGCUGUUAAUAACGUGGACGCUGCCUUAGUGCUGCUGAAGAAUGGUGCCAACAAGGACCUGCAGAACAACAAGGAGGAGACCCCUCUCUUCCUGGCAGCACGAGAGGGCAGUUACGAGACAGCGAAGGUCCUCCUGGACCACCUGGCCAACCGCGACAUCACGGACCACCUGGACCAGCUGCCGCGCGACAUCGCCCAGGAGCGCGUGCACCAGGACAUCGUGCACCUCCUGGAGGAGUACAACCUGGUGCGCAGCCCACCCCUUGCCCUGUCUCCGCCUCUCUGCUCGCCCGACGCCUACCUGGGCCCCAGGGCCAGCCCGGCCGCGGCGGCCGCGGCAGCCAAGAAGACCCGGCGGCCCGGCGGGAAGGGCGCCGUGUCCAAGGAGAUGAGGGCGAAGAAGAAGAAGAUCAGCGGAGGCAGCGCGGAGCCGGGCGUGCUCUCGCCCGUGGAGUCGCUGGAGUCGCCGCACGGCUACCUGUCGGACGUGGCAUCCCCGCCCACGAUGGCGUCGCCCUUCCAGCAGUCUCCGCCCAUCCCCCAACACCUGCAGGGGCUGGGCGACUCCCAGAUGGCGGGGGCCCACCUGGCCAUGGGAAAGCCCUUUGACUCCGCCCCUCCGCGCCUGAGCCAUCUGCCUGUGGCUAACGGCGGAGGCGGAGCCCAGGCAGGGCAGUACGAUUGGCUGGCGAGGGUACAGCAGCAGCAGGCGGGGUUCUCCGCGCUAAUGCCCGCAAUGCGCCACGCCGCCAACAUGCCCCAAGUAAUGGGCUAUCCCACAAUGCAAAGCAGCCACUUGGGCACACCGUCUCACCUGUUGGCCGGUCACGCCCGUCAGGCCCACACCACCCUGCAGCACCCGGCCUCUGGCCACACCCUCUCUCACCACUUCCUCGGAGACAUGAGUGGGGUGGAGCUUCAGUCGGGUUCUGGACACGCCCCCAUCCAGACCCUGGUGCCACAGGAGACGCAGCGCCUGGCUCCGCUCAUGUCCAGCACGCAGUUCCUGACUCCUCCCUCCCAGCAUAGUUACUCCACGCCCAUGGACAACACGCCCAAUCACCAGCCACAGGUCCCUGACCAUCCCUUCCUAACUCCCUCUCCCGGCUCUCCCGACCAAUGGUCCAGCUCCUCUCCACAUUCCAACAUGUCUGAUUGGUCAGAGGGAGUCUCGAGCCCACCUACCGCCAUGCAUAUGAGUCAUAUCCCCGAGGCCUUCAAGUGAGUGCUAUUGUGUUACCACGCUGACAUUAAAAGACAAAAGGAGCGAGAGACGUCUGAAUCAGCUGCAGAUGUUUCUACAAUUUUAUAUUGUCAUUAACUUUUUUACUUAUUUUUAUUUAUUUAUGUGUUUUGAUUACAAAUAUAAAAGAUCUUUUUAUUUAUGCAUUAUAUUUUUAUUAGCAAACUUCUCAGAAAUAAAUCUCCGAACUACUGAGCAAAUGUAAUUGUUUUUGUUUUUGAAAAAUGCUUUUGAGGUUUUUUUUGGGUUUUUUUUCUGGUAGAGGUUUCAGUAUUAAUGAGCUUUUUAUGUGGUCCUGUUAAAACCAAACUUUAGAAUGUCUGUAAAACUGCUGUAGAAAAAGUCUUAAGUGUUAUGUACAUCGGAGAUCUUGGAAUGUUGGCCGAGAGCGCCGUCACACGCGCUCAUGCCUGCGGUCACCUCCGUCACAUACGUGCACGGACUGGACGGCACUGCAGAACUGCUGCGUUACCGGAUGACACGGCGGUGAAUGACACCUGGGACGCGUGCUCUUGCUCGCUUAAGAAGCCGUCCCGAGUUGCUGGACGCCCAUGUUUUUGCGGAGGACAAUUUCCCGGAUGCGGGAACCCUCGUAGUUCUCGUCAGCAUGGAAACGCUUGCCCCGCGCAUUGUCUUAAGACGUUGUUUGACUUUUUCGGUUUUGAACCAGUCGUCUUCUCCGAAGCACCUGAGGUGACUGGCACGGAGGCAGGGCUUUGUGUAUGUAGCGCAGUGAUCACCGCUAUUCCUUUCACCUUGGUAGAUGUGUUUUUGGCCUCAGACAACCGUCGCUGAACGCAUAGGGCUCUGUUCUCCCAUCGCCAUAUCGCCUCCAUCUUCCGUUACCGCCCCGGCCUGGGCUUUUCACCCGGCCCGUUUUAAUCCCGCGGGGGAGGCGGUCAGAGUGGAUGCCACGCCCACCAUCCAGAACAACUCUGAUUGGUGUUCCUGGGUAUCCAGGACACCCCCCCCCCCCCCCAAGUGUUCCCCCAAUGGCCACAUGUGAUUCACGACGGUUGAACAAGGCUAGAUAUGCCUGUUAAGAUAGUAUAUGUACUAGACAAGUAGUCGUACGUGUGUGUGUGUGUGUGUGUGUGUGUGUACGUGGGAAAGAGAAUGUACACCACUGUGUAUGUGUGUUGCACUGCGAUGAUGUCAUCGGCCCUCAUAAAGAGUGACUGCCGGGUGUCGGACCUGUUUUAUAAACACUGCUAAAAUGUUUUACUGAUAAAUAAUGACAUAUACAUUUGUAGUUUGCGGGGUAGGGAAAGCAUUUUUCCCCAAUGAUUUGUAAAAUAUUUUCUUGAAACAAUAAAAUAACAUGUUGACAUUUA